GCUGACAAGAACAUGGAGUCGGAACGAGGCCGUCGAAGGAAGACGGUACGACGACAAGUAAGAAAGCGAGGAGGCCCGGCGGUUUGACCAUCCGCGAAGGACAAGCCAUGGGUGGAGGAUAUUCGGCUCAUCCAGGCGUUGCGGCCACGAGAGAACCUUCGGGGAAAUCCAAAAGGAAAGUGGCAGCUAAAGAAGGCGAUGGCCAGAAGAAACCUCGAAGGAGGAAGACUGCUGAGGCGGCGAGCGGUGGCGAACAGGCUGUCGGUGGGCAGUAUAACGAGCGGAACGAUAACGGUGAUAUUGUGGAGAAGGAGUUCCCUGUCCAACUGCUCAUCGACCCCAUGAAGGUCUGCGACAUCCCGCCUUGGGAAAGUUAUUACAACCAUUGCAGUCUCAAUCGCGAAAAUGUAGACGACAUCAAAGCUGCGAUGCUAAGUCAGUUCCACGAGGAAAAGGGGAAGGUCUGGACGAAAAACCCUUUGGUUCUGGCACCCAUCUACAAGCCGGUGACGCAUAGGCCGGAGAAAGCUGACAGGGUUCACAAAGAUGUCUUCAAGCCAGAGGACAAGGACAAGUACUACUAUUACCCUCUCAACGGACAACACACCGUGGCUGCUGUGAAGGAGUUGGUGGAUGAGCCAAUAUUCGAUUUGUGGAAGAUGCACUCGUGACCGGCGAGAGUAGUGUGGUUCUCCGACGAAGAGUUUGCGGGGUAUGUGCAGGUCAGUCUCAACGAGAACACGAGACACAAGAUGUCUAAGCAGC